UGAAAUAUGUCCUGGAAGCGGUCGCGUUUAUCUGCUGCGCGUUGACGUCAGUGAUAAAAACGGGCUGUGUCGUGUCGGACGGUCGACGGUGACUUUCCGCUGCGGUUAAACUCGUUUAAACGUUUUAUUUACCGUGCUGUUUACCGGCGUCAUGUCUCACACCGUCAUCACCACGACAACAACGACCAGGACAUCCGGGGAGAGCGGCCUGAACCUGGGCUACACCCGGACCAUCCCGGGACUGCUCAAGAUCGGACAGCUGAUCUCCCUGCUCAUCGCCUUCCUGUGUGUAUUCUGCACUCGCGGCUGGCCCAGCUGGGCGGCCUUCCAGUACUUCGAGGUGGUGACGCUGUGGUUCCUCGUAGCCUUCCUCAUCUUCUUCCUCAUGCACCUGUGCAGGCUGCAGCGGAGGAUGCCCUGCAUCAACUGGCCGCUGACGGAGUUCUUUCAUUACUCUGUGGGAUGCAUCCUCAUCCUCAUCGCCUCCAUCAUCGCCUCGGCGAAGAGCGGUGGAGCGUCGGCGCUGGUGGCCGGAUCGGUGUUUGGAUUCAUAGCGACGUUCCUGAUGGCCGUGAACUUGUGGACAUCUUACAGCGUGGCGUGUGGGCCUCAGUCUGCCAUGUAAAAAGCGUCCCGUCACGAUGGAGUCAGAUGGCUGUGUUGGCAGUUUGCUGUGUCCUGGUUCUUCUCUGCCAAGCAACCGCCUGAAUAAAUGGAUGUGAUCAUAAAUCUUACUGCAGAGGAGCGCCGACGCAGGACCGGCUGGACGGGACAGCAGUCAGUGUUAUUUUUUACUUCCUCGUUAAAUCGGACCGCUGCGGUCACGUUUCCACGGUAACGGUGCUCUGGGUCACAUUUGAACCAUCAGUAAUCCUCAUUAAUGAAUGACAGCACAGUCACCUGGAACUAUUGCCUUUACUACAUUUCCCAUCAUUCCUGUUGUUUUCUUUCUUUUUUCUUUUCUUUAAGAAUGAGGCGUAAGCUCUAAAGCGAUGGCGCCCUCUUGCUGCUGUGUGCCAUAAAUGAGCGUGUGCUCACGGUUUACGGCGCCCGGCUCGUCCUUCGGUUCUGAAACUUCCUCGAGCUCUGCAGAAGCAGUUUGCACCACAGAUGUAUUAAAAUUACAGCAGUUCUACUUUAAAAUAUUAGUGUUGAAAUAUUCUUAUCACUCAAACACGAGUUGCAUGCUAAUGUCGUUGUUAGCAUGCUAAAAAUGUACUCAGGGGCUGUGGGCUCAGCAGCAUGCUAACAAAUGAAGUGAAACAGGUAAAACGUCGGCAUGCCAACAAAGCAAAAAAACAAAAAAGCCUCAUUUUUGGCGAGUAAAGACACGUGGCAGAAAACAUUAUUUCUUUGGUUGUCAGGAGGCCCGUGGGCGGAGUCUAACCCACUGGAGGUUCAGUUUGUUUUAGCCAGCUGGGUCAUUUUUUAAAGAUUCAAGGAAACUGAAGACGCUUGACGCGACGCUGCACGCCGGGCCAAACACGUGUAACCCGUCUAAAACCACACGCAUGUAAACGGGUUACAAAUUUUAACGAUUGAAAAAAUCUCAUAUUCAUUAUGUGGGUCAGUAAUGAUGUCAUCGUUCAUUAAUAUUACAAACAAAGCUGCAGAUAAAUAUAAGAACCUGUUUGACUCCUGGACACACCCACUUACAUAAAAGUCUCCAGCUGUUCUGCUUGAGAUGCUCGAAAACCCGACAAAUACAUCAGAAAACACGCGGUUCAGUUUGUAUCAUGUUAAAUCCGAUCACAGCUCACAUUUAUUGACUCUCAGCGCGUCCGUGGCCCGUAGACACAGUUACAGCAAAUAAACCUGAAUGUCGGCCUGUUUUUAUGUGUGGUGAGGUGUUCUGUGGGAAGCGCCAGUGUUUGACGUCUGCCUGUGGGAUUUACCGACAAUAAGAGAAAUAAAGGCCAAAGCACAGCGUCUGUGUUACGGAGGAAGAACGUGUCACUGAUUCUGUAAUAUUUCACAAACGUGGAUUCAAUCUGUAACUGAACUCCUCGCAGUUUAGAGACGUUUCAGCAGCAACUGCAGAUUAUUGUAAUUACUCUUUGUUCAGCUCUCCUCGGUGCUUAAAAGAACCAAACUCUUUGCCAUCUGAAUUUAAAAUUUUGUCUAGUUUUGUAUAUAAAAAGCACCUCGGUAAUUAUUUUAAGGGAUGCCAAAAGAGAGCGAUGUAUAAAUUAUAUCAGGAUUAUUUGUAAAAACGAGUUGUGUGGAAAUCUGUGUGGAUUAAUAAAUGUAAUGACAUGUAACAGGAUUAUAAACUGGAUUCAUUCAGAUUAUCCAAAUAUUCACGUGAUUAAUGAUCAAUGAUACUUCGUUCAGUCGUGCUGAGAUGGAUUCAAAUGAACGAAAUAGAUUAAAAGUGUGUGUCUAUGGACAGAAGAAGACAUAUUUUAGUAAAUAUUAACCAUCAUUCAUUUAAAACUGUUUGGAUUUAUAAUUAUAUGUUGGAAGCUACAUUUUUGGAAAAUGUGUGUUUUCCAGAAGAAAAGCGGUAAAAUAUGAGCUGACGUCAUUGUAACGUCACAUCAGUGAAAGCACAGAUGAGCUAACAGAGAAAAGAUGCUGUAAAUAUUCGAUGUGCUGCAGUGAGCGCAGCGUGUUAGCCGAUUUACAGUCGUCCGACUGUUUAAGCACAAUCUCUGCGUACCUCUCCCAGCCCGUUCGUAUUCUGAUCAGAGUUAUUAAUCUUUCAUUCAGUGACGACAAACUUUUAUUAAUCUGCACACAGUGAUUUUCACGCCCGCUAACCGCUAGCUCCGACCACGCGCAGCAUCUCUGGGCUGUCAGCUCUGCAAACGUCUCUCAUGGGCUCAAAUGAAGUCACACCUCUGAACCUGAAAACUUUAACGUGAAGGAUGGUUACGAAUCGAGAGGCGCACGUCAAAGGCGGCAGGUGGCCAACGUUAGCCGAGACGUUAGCUCACAGCUAAGUGAUUGUUAAACAAAUUAAAGUUCGUUAACUCGGCAUUAUUUAUACAUAGUUAACAUGUAUUAAAUGGAAUUUAAUGAAGAGGUUAGUAUAGCACUAGCUAACAAGCGUAACCCAGCAUGACUGUUAACGCCACGCCCAGUUUUUCUCGCCUGCACUGCCGAUGUCCUUCGACAGACGGGAGUUCAUGCUAACAUGUCAGUGUUCACAUGACAGCUGCUGGUUGUCUUAUUGGUCUUUAAUAACAAAGUGCCAUUUAUCGUUUGAUUGUUUUUAGUGAUUAAUCCCAGUUUACAGGUGUGCAGAUAAACUGCUGUAAAUGUUUCCAGUUUUUCUGCUGUGUGAUCUUUGUAGGACCCAAAGUUGUACUCGCUUUAAUUCUUAUGAUAAAAAGGCUCAAAGUUGGAACCUUUUCGGCCACCUGUCAAUCACAAACGAGUGAAACCAUUCGAUGUGCAACGAUAAUCCUGAGAUUACUGCCUUACUGUCCUGUCAACAUCUUAGUGAAGCUUCUGACUCUGCACUGAAUGUGUCUGAAAUUUCCUCUGAAGUAGCUCAGAGCACCAAACGAAGGAUUGACCUCUAAUUAGAUUCAACCUGAAUGUUAAACUGUGGAAGUUUAGGUUUACACAGUACUUUUAGUACAUUUAAAUACUCGUUAGUGUCUGAUCCUGGAUCCCUACACACUGUGUGACAUCAUAACAGGUUCCUGCUCGACUGUGGGAACCGUCAGGAUGUUCUAGUUAGUGUAGGAACUUGAUGAAGCAUGUGAGCUUUUUGUAAGAAUGUUUUUAGCUUUAGACAACUUCGUAAACUAACUUUAAAAAGCAUAGUUAGGUUGUGAGCUUCACGUUCUCCCUGUGUGGGUUUCCUCUCACAGUCCUAAGACAUAGGUGGGGCGACCUGUCCAGGGUACAAGCCCCGCCCACAGGCUUUUAGCUUUCAGUAGUAAAAUGUGUUCUUACGCCACAGACUAAGACACUGAAACACUUGGUAUUAAUUUCAAUAAGAGCGAUCAUUGAGCCCUUUAUUAUCUGGAGCUGGUCAUGGAAUCAUGUGACACUGCAGGUAGAGACUGCGAGUUCCUCAUACAGUGUAACACGGUCUGACCUGACCUGUGGGGUCGGCCUCAGCAGUCGCGAUGGCGUCGUUUGCAGCUGCCGAGAGCCACGGUCCUGUUUGAUAGGCUGCAGGGACUGACUUCACAACAGUGACAUCACAUCCUGCCUGCCCCCACUGAGUCAGGACCUGAAGCCCUAACAGCCAAAGGCGGUUAUGCCUGAGGAUCUCACAGUGUGCAGGGGUUCACAUCCCGUUACUGUCACGUGUCUCAUAAGCUUUAUUUCACGCUGUGAUGCUGUUCGUGAUGGUCCACCAUGCUCACUUGCUGUGCUUGCUGCCUCUUUGGUUUCCUGUCUGCACCAGCUUCAUUUGUAAGAGUUUGAUUUCCUGUGCGAUACACUGAUAAGCUUACUGCAGCAGGCCGUUACAUCAUCCUAACUCGUGUUAAAUCACAACACGUGAAAAGAUUUUUGGUUUUUGUAUGUAUUUAGUAUUUCUAUUGUUGAACUUUUACUAUGCUGUUUUUCCAGUUUGGGAUAAAAUUCAAACUUUUUUCUUGUUUCCGUGUCCUUGGAAUGUUUUUUAACCCUAAAGCUGGGCUUUAAUUUUCCGUCUGGACGUUUUGCAUGAAUCCAAAAUGAAGGUGUGGGGCGCCGAUGUGGUUUUCCAGAAGGAUAUUUGAAGGCGUUGCUGUGAGCGUUUACAGUUAUUUCCAUGCCUCUGAUGGAUCCUGGCUCCACCACAGACAAACCACAUUGUUUACAUUAUUUAUUUUGGCUCCAGCUUGAUGAUGAUAUUCUCACCGCUGCAAAGUGACCUGAUGUACGGCUGCGUGUCCACUGGGCGACAGAAACAUUCAUUAGACUGGUUAUGAAUCUGGACGGCUAAUACGUUACAGUCAGGUCUGAGUGACCCUGCUGCUCAUUACAUGUUUCACUGUCGGAGGGAAACGGCUUCAACCGCUCGGUCUCCGAGUGAGAUUUGUUUGUACAAAUGUUCCAGUUUAGUGGAAAGCAGCCAAAGCUCGUACGCAAUUGGUCAAGACUUGAAAGUCAUUGUUCACUUACAGAGUGUGUGCAGUUUGACAGAAAGCUUUGAAAAUCAAUAUAAAUGAUGUCAAAUCAAGAAUAUCCAUUCCUUUAUUUAAUUCAAUUCAACUUUAUUUACACAGCGCCAAAUCACAACAACAGUCGCCUCAAGGCGCUUUCUAUUGUAAGUUAGACCCUACA